GGUUAAUUGACUACGCGCCUUUCGCCCUCGAGUUUGGGGUUCCAACAUUGGGGACAACGGUUAGGAAUCUCGACGGUUUCUGCUUUGGAGCCUAUCAUCGAGGGGAUCUCUUCACCAUGGCUUCGCAACAAGAUCUUCAGGAGCUACUCCGUCUUCUGACUGUGGGCAAAGUGCCCAUAAAAGAUGCCAUGAUGCGUGUGAGGGCUCUCCAAGCCAAGAACCUACGGACCAUUCACCAAAUUGCCGAAGCACCCCUCUCCGAGAUCGAGUCCGCAAUCACCGAUCCCAAAGCCGCCCGCUCCCUCCAUAACGCCUGCAAAGCACGCCUCAAGAACCCGAGCCUGUCCUCCAGUAGCAAGCGCGCCGGCGCCGAGCUGCUCCAGUCUGCCAAGCGCUCCAAAACCUCCUCCUCGGCAAGCGAUAAUCCGUUGUUCGUGGAUGGCCCGGCAUCCAUGCCGCCGGCCGAGUACGAGGAUUCGCUGUCGCUGCCCUGCGAGACGGACGAGGAGCUCAUCUCGAGGACGACGCUCGUCACGAACCGCGCGCCUCUCGUUCUCGCGUUCGCCGUCGAGCUGCUGAGGCACACGAUGCCGGAGCAGCCGCCGAGCUCGAGGCUGAGCCUGGCGCAGGCGGUCGUGAGCGCGAACUCGCGGAGCAAGGCCGUAAGUAUCGGGCUAGACAAGGGGCCGAGCGCCGAUGAUGAGGGCUGGGGGCAUGGACAGCCUAGGAUUAGGGUCAUGGGGCGGGAAAUUACGGUGUUGAAGCGGGGAGGGUAUGAGUGGAAGGGCGAGGAAGAGAAGGGCGGGGAAGAAAAGGGCGCCGACGAGGCGGCAAAGCACGAUGCCGUGGAGGGCCAACUGAACACCAAGAAGGAAGAAGAAGAAAAAGAUAAGGAUCAUGCUGUUACCACCAAAGAGAAGCCAGGACCGCUGGCGCAUACAUCGAAGACAUGGGCAGCGAGCUCGCCCGUCUCCUUGAAACAGUCGACGUUCAUCGUACGAGCGACACAAAUCACGGAAGCAUCACAGAGGCAACCGACUCUACAGGCACUCUUUGGUUCGAUCCCAAAUCUACAGACGGCAAGUCACAACGCCUGGGCUUACCGCGUCAAGAAGCCCGAUAUGUUCGGCUCAUUCACCAUCAAAGAGGACUCCAACGACGACGGCGAGUCUGGUUGCGGCGAUUUUCUUCUCAAGGUCAUGCGAGAGUCUGACGCUGUUAAUACUCUGGUCGUCAUGACUCGCUGGUAUGGUGGUAUCAUGCUCGGGCCUGACCGCUGGCGCAUCAUGCGAAACUGCCUGAAGGAGGCACUAGCGGAACGACUUAGAGUCACGGGCGCAAAAGCAAGCUUAGGCGGCGAGGCGGUAUGGGGUUUAGAUCUUGAGGCCAUGAAGCAGAAAGCAACAUCUAGCGCCACAUCGGGCGGCAGAUCUCACGAGGCAGGCGUGGUUGGUAUGCCUGUACACAGACCGGAGGCGGCAAGAGGUUACCUCCUGAGAAGCUUUGCAGACCGCAAGGAAGAGGGCGAGGACUCAACGACCGCGCCAAAGAAAAAGACAGCUAAGGCUCUCCAAGACGAAAAAGAAGAGAAUCUGGGAAGGCUGCUAGGUGCACUGAGAUUAGUGUAUGAUAGCUGGGCUGACCAUCUGAGUGCUGCUGAGCUGGACAGGCGUGCCUGGACUUGGUAUACAAGCGUCAGACCUGAAAUCGAAGGGGGACAGGCUGGGUGGGGCGCCAAGGGUGACCUCAAGCUGGAGACGAUCUUGAAUUUGCGACGAAAGGAGCCAUGACGCAAAAGCUAAAAUGAAAUUGUUGAGUAAUGAUUGUUUUUAGAAAAAGAUACCCCUGGCGUUGAGACACGGAACGGCUCAUGACUGUUAGCGAUAAUGUGUUCAAGAUAGGACUAAGAUGAGAACGAAACCUGUCAACUAAAUUUGCUAAUAGUUUUGUGCUAGCUUUCCAGUACCUCACUAUUCAUCUUGUUCGCCCCCAGAGACUUGCUGGAGUUGAUAAGAGCUUGUCUACUGCUAACUUGAGCUCAUAACAGAUAGGAGUAAACGCACAAUCAGGUUCAGAGCCCCAUUUCUCGGGUAGUGAGCUGAGUCUCAAUAUAUACUUGUACGGAUACCUUGGCUGCUGAAAUUUGAGAGAGCUGAAUAUUUGUAAAUUGCCAAUCCCAGUCAACCGCUCUUCUGCACUACUGCUGUUCUUUUUUUCGACUACUGUCCCACGACCUGUUUGUUUCUCUAUUACACUCUCAACACGCCUGAAAUGCCUACUCG